AUGGUCUCAUUUUGGCCCUGGAAGGGCGAGGAUAAUUCCCCAGCAUCUUUCGAAAAGACGUUGUCCACGCUGUCUACUAAGAUCGCCCAGGCCACCACUCGCCUCGAUCAGCAGCGCUCGACGUCACGGCGAUUCAAGGCCCUCUGGACUUUAUAUUCGACUUUUGCAUACCUCUUUUAUUCUAUUAUAUUGGCUCUGGUUUUAGGAUGGGAGAGUUGGGGUCUAAAGGAGUACGCCGCAAUUGCUGGCGGCCCUGUGAUGAUUUACGGGGUUCGCGCUACUAGCUCUCGAUUAUUUGAUUACCGGAUCUCCAAAUCCCAACGCAGUCUCAAUGAGCUUCACAAACAACGUGAGGUGACGAUCGAGAAGCUCAAGGUCGCUACGAGAUACAACUCCACGCAAGAACUGCUCGAAAAGUACGGCGGAGAGUCUCCUAAACAGUCUUCAAGCCCCCAGGCCGAGACCAAGGAACCCAAACCAGGAUCACCACGCCCACCUCCACAACGAACAGGCCUUCCUCCUCCCCCCACCGCCAACAUUCGCCGUCCUCCUCAGCCACAAGCCGGGCCACAAAAUCCUCCGCCUCCUCCUUCUCCCCAUCGGAUCUCCCCGCAACAGCAGCAGCAACAACAACCUCUACAUAAUGCUCCCUCCCAAGUCCCACAACUUACCCCCACUGAUGAGCCCGGUUUUGCACCUAAUGCAUUUCCAAGCUCGGGACAGUAUAUUGAACAGCCACACUGGUACGACCGUCUAUUAGACGUGCUGCUAGGUGAGGAUGAGAUGCAGCCUCGCAACCGAAUGGCUAUGAUCUGUUCCACCUGCCGCCUCGUCAACGGCCAAGCACCCCCCGGUAUUAAGACUCCAGAGGAACUGGGACGUUGGAGAUGCGGUAGUUGCGGAGCAUGGAAUGGCAUCGAAAACGAAACAACUCAGAUUAUAUCUAGCUUACGUGAGGGCGCCACUACAGAAGGCUCAUGGGGGCCAGGUCCUACGGUUGGGGGCGAUCAGCAAUCCCAGCCUUCGGAUGUGGAGGAUGUUGAGGAAAUGACACCAUCUAGCGAGGGAGAGCAGAGUCCUGACUCAGAAACUUCAGGAGUUGAAGAAACUCCGGAUGAACAGCCUGAAGAACCUAAGUCUGAGCCAGUACGUCGAUCUAAGCGUGGCAAGUCGAGUCAGUAG